GGUGGAUGGAAUACGGCAUCUCUGUGAUAAUCAUUUUUAUUUCUUUUCACUAUUACUGGCUGAAUUUUAAUUGUGAUCACAGAUUUUCCAAGCAUUACGUAUCGUGUCUUUUUUAAUUCGGUGCUAUGACAGUCUUGAAAGAUUUUAUUCCGUAAUCGUCGGGCUAUCGGAGCGUGAUUUUGACGGAAAUCGGAGGCUGAGCAUGCUGAUUACUGCAGUAGUGUAGGAUGGUAGUAGUUAGUAGAGCAAUAGAUUAAAUGUUUUACAAAAAAAAAAAAAGCUGCCUAAGAAUGACUUCAGCAACUGAUGACCGGCUUACCUUUGACCUCUGAUGAACUUUGACCUCAAAUCUCUGCCUUGAUUGGGAUAUCAUAGUCAGUUAGUCAGAGAACCAAUCAUUCCAGGAGCAGUCUUUCAAUAUGGACAAACCAGCAACUGGGACAAAAAAGGAAAGAGGUAAACUCGAAAGCAAAAAAGAUUCCCCAUCAUCGUCCUUUGAUAAAAAAGACCGACAAGAAAAAGGAAAAGACAGAGAGAAAGUUGAGCCAAGGAAGGAUAAACCAGAGUUUCGACGAGAGAAAUCAAAGGAGAAAUCAGAGGGUCGGAAGGAGUACAGGAAGGAAGCCCCGCCUCCUAGAUUUCAGACUAAAAAACUGUCUAAAAGUAAGCGAUUAGAGGAACCCCCUCCUGCCGUCAUUCGUGAUGAGGGGGAUGUGCCUUGUAAGGACAGUAGUUUUGAAGACAAUGAACCUAACGGAAAAUCACAGACCUAUCCUAAAUUUAAAUUAUUGGUUCGUACGCAUGCGGUUCGGGAUGACUCACCGCCAUCUACUCCAGAUUUACUUGCAUUGUCGUCGCCAUGCACGUCAAGCGAUGGCACCACCACUGCCACUCUAAAGCAUCAACUUAGCGGUGAUAACCCACCGUUAAAAAUAGCUCAAACACAGCUCAGUGGAAGCGCCACACCGAAGAGUGAGCCAGCUCUCUCUAGAGAAUCAAGUCAAGAGAAAGAGUAUACAGAUUUUACGGGUGUCGAUGUUCAUGAAUUUAUAGUUCAAACUUUACAGAAUUCCAGGGAUAGAAUGAUGUUAUUAAAACUAGAACAAGAUUUAAUUAACUUUGUUCAAGAUCAAAGUCAACAUACGUUGAAAUUUCCUCCAAUGACGUCCUACCAUCGUAUGAUAGUGCAUCGCGUUGCUGCGUAUUUUGGUAUGGACCAUAAUAUAGAUCAAACUGGCAAAGCUGUUGUGAUAAACAAAACGCAGAACACAAGAAUACCAGAGCAGCGAUUCAAGGAGCAUAUACGACAUGAUAGACAAACUGAAGAACCCAGGAUGAUUUUGAAGAGGGACAGCGCUAGUCUUGAAGACAAAGAGUCAAUUUCAUCACAGGAAGGCACUGGGAGUAAUCUUUCUAUUGAGUCCCCGCUCAGGAGUAGACGAAGUAGCAACUCAGAAGAGUUUUGUUGGCGUCCAGAACAACGUCCUUGGAGCAGCGUUGAUUCAAGUGGUUCAGAACGUCAAGUCAUCCCUGUGGUAACCAAAGCGAGUAGCUUUGCCGGAACUGGCAUACACUCGGUUUUGUUACGAGGGGACAGUAGCGGGAGUAGUUGGAGCGGUGGUAGCCGAGGAAGCACAAGUAGUUUUAGUAAACUUACCAAAGUGGGUAAGCACCCAGACUCAUCGGAACGGAGCGGAGGUAGUCCGUCAUUCCGACCUCUACCUGUCAUCCAACAACAACCUUCAAUAUCAGCGCCAGCGCCGCCACCCCCUCCCCCACAACAAGCAGCUGUCAGUCAACAAUACUGUCAACAACCACAACCACCACAGCAGGCAUCUACUUAUCAAAUGUCACAGACUGGCAGUCAGGUGACCUGGACUCAGACUGGUUCCAUGGCAACUGGUGUUGGAAGUUCUACAGGGCUUCCGCAAAGCGGCGCUGUCUUGUAUGCAGCGCCUAAUAUUGAAUCUGUGCCUCCAGGAAGCAUUCUUAUCAAUCCACAAACAGGUACGCCGUAUCUUCUUGCCGAUGGCUCUCCGAUGGUAUAUCAGCCACCACUGCCACACCAAAAUGUUACUAGUCCAUUACAACAAGCGCAGUCACCGACGCAACCAAUACAACAACAGCAACCAUCUAUGCCUCCAUACUCGCAGUACUCUCAACUUAAUAUGCUUGCAGCAUCUCAGAUGCAGCGGUCUUAUUCAGGGGACUCACAGGGUAGUAUGCAGGAUAUGGCAAGUCAGAUGCAUGGUAUGAGUCUAAGUCGUGAGCCGUCCAACGAGAGCACUGGUGAAAUGGUUCCUCAACAGCAGAUGAUGUCGCCGCCACAGCAACCAUACAUGAGUGGACCGUACAUGCGUCAAGGAGGUGUGAUGGGAUCUGGAUAUUCUGGUCCAAGUGGUGCUCCUGCCCCUCCACCUCCCCCGCCUCAACAGCAGAUGAUGCCGCCGGCUCCUCCCCAACAGACGUAUAAUGUACAACAAAGCCCACAGACAAUGUACUCUUCUAUACCUCAGGGCCAGAUGAUGAUGCCCUCUCCACUGUAUCAUUCAACAACUCAAACUCAGUACUUGCAACCGCAGCAGCCACCACCACCACCAAGUCAACAGCAGCAGGCAACACCGCAGAUGCAUCAAGGAAACCAACAACAGCCAAUGAUGCCACCUCUGCCACAAGCUGGAAUGCCGGUUAUGUACCAGAGUCAAGCGCAGAGCCAGGGACAAGCAUUGGUGAGUCCCACGCAACAGUUUUCAACAGUAUCGCAAUAUGGACAAAAUUAUCAAAAUAUGCCUAUGAUGGCUCCGCCUCCUCCACAGCAACAACAGCAGCAACCACCACCGCAGCAACACUCUCAUUUGAUGCAGCAGUCAUCUUUUGAUUCACCACAAGUUGCCACACAUGCUGCAGUUCAACAACAGCAGCAUCAUCAACAGCAGCAGCAACAACAACAAGCAGCGGCUCAACUGCCUCCUGUACAAAUGCCAGUGUACUACCAACCAAUGCCGACAAAUACGGCUGGGCAGCUGAUGGGCUUCUCACACUUACCGCAGGACGGGAGUAUGACACGGCCUGUGACGCCACCACAGGUACUCGCUGGCCAUUCGCAACACCCAUCAACGCAGGGCAUGUACAGCUUUGCGUAUGCCCAGCCGAGGGCACAGUCUCCCCAAGCAGCUAUGAGUCUACAGUAUCAGACAAGUAUACCGUCAACCACUCCCCCACAACAACAACUGCCAGCACCGCCGCCGCCCCAACAGCAAUCAGGACUAUCGCAGCACCAGAGAAAGGUUUACAGUGUCGAUCAUCGGCCACCUAAAUCAACAGAGCUAUAUAAUCCGGACACACCGUUGUCUAGAGGGGGUAGUGGAGAUGCUUAUCAGCAGUGUGGGGUAGGCAGUGGUGGUGGUGGACAUAGUCCAUCUGGAUCAUCGCCAGUUCAGAGUCCAGAUCCUGGGUCUGUCCCCCUACAACAACAGCAACAACAACAACCACUAUCCAGGAAUACUAGCAGUGCUUUGCAGGGUAAAACAGGUCAACGACCUUCAACUUAUAACCAGCCCAAGGGCAAAAUCGCAAAGACAGCGACAAAAGGAAAACUACGUAAAAUACAGCAGUUGGACAGUAUGGCGUUACAAGAGACUUCAACCGCACAAAGUACGGCAAACACGUUAGACAUUUGCAACAUUCCAGAAGGCACUCAGCGAAAAGAUACAGAGACAUUAUUCGAAGAUCUUGUUAAAGCAGGUGCUGAAAUAAGAUGGAUACCAACAGGAGAGGAUAGUUCUGAGAACAAAGAAAGUGAUGUGAAUGCAGAUGAGAAAACGUCCAGUUACAACAUUGUGGCAAUAUUUAAGACUGCUGAAAGUGCCCAGUCCGCACUUAGUAGUAUACCAAAUGCAAAAUAUACGUUACGACUCGCGAGUAAGCAGUAUGAAUUCAAAGGAGUGGCUUCCUCUACAUGAGAAGAUAUUUUUUAUAGAGAAACUUCAUUCUUAGAAUACAAUACAAGAGAAAAAAUUUGGAGAUGUUUGUCUGGGAUAAAAAAACUUAACUGUUUGAUUUUGUUUCCAAAACUGAACACAACUUGUGCUUCUUAACUGAAGAGAAAAGUAUUUCUGAUGAAAACUAACUAGUGAUUAGUCUCACAAACUCAAAAACACUGAUGGCUUGAAGCCAAGGCAGAACUAAAAAUGCUUAUAACAGUCAGUUUUUCAACACUCAUCAUUUCAAAUAUAGAUGUCAUCCUGUUCCUACUGGUCUGCCUUUUUUCUAUAACUUUAUUUUCUCCAUUUCGUGUUUAAAAAAAUAUAAUAGUCUUUUUUUCUUCUUCAUAUCUUCAAACCAUGUACAUUCUACAGACUGAGGGUAAGGGGCCAUGUCAGCAACACAGCUGAAUAAACAAGAUGGCGGCAUUUGAGAUUACAGUGGUUUGUGCAAAUGACUGCCUAGCAUCGUGUAGAAAUAGACAUAAGAGGUUGGAGUGUGCUGAAUAUUCAUCAACUUAAGUGGCCAUACUAGAAAAAAUAUUCAUUAGUUUCUGUGGACAGUAUACAUUCUGAGUGAAAAAUAUUUCUCCAACUCUGGCGGCCAUAUGUGCGUUGCAUUUUCACCAACAUGUCCUAAAUGUGUUGAAUAUUCACCAACAUGUCCUAAAUGUGUAGAAUAUUCACCAACAUGUCCUAAAUGUGUAGAAUAUUCACCAACAUGUCCUAAAUGUGUAGAAUAUUCACCAACAUGUCCUAAAUGUGUAGAAUAUUCACCUGCUUGGGUGGCAUGAGAUUAAAAAUAUUCUCCAAA